AUGGAGUUCCUACCCCAGCCAAAUGUACCCCUACCGCAUCUCCCGGACGACCUCACAUUGCCACAAUUUAUCCUCGAUGCAGAGCAUCCCACCAAACCGAAGAGAAACGAGGACAUUCCGUGGCUGAUUGACGAUGAAACGGGGAGACGACUGGGAGGCGCUGAACUCAAGCGGCGUACCUUAGGCCUGUCUAACGCUCUUCAUCUACGAUAUGGCAUAGGGAGAGAUGACGUCGUCCUCGUUUACAGUCGAAACCACACAGAUUAUCCCGUCGCUAUUUGGGCCACCCAACAACUCGGAGGUGUCAUCUCUGGGGCGAAUCCAGACUUUUCCAAACAGGAGCUUGUAUAUCAAAUUCAGGAGGCCAAGGCGCGACUUUUGAUCGCACAUCCCCAGUCAUUCGACACUGCAUUAGCAGCUGCUCGCGAAACUGGCAUUCCUGACCAAAAUGUCAUCUUAUUUGACGUUCCAGGCGUCCAGCCACCUUCGACGCGCCAAACCGUUGAAGGCCUUGUCCAGUAUGGCCUCAGUCAGCCAAUCUCGUUCACAGAGUUGAAGCUGCGUCCUGGAGAAGGCAAGACGAAAUUGGCAUUCCUCAGCUUUUCGUCCGGGACGACAGGAAGGCCUAAGGCGGUCGCAAUUCAGCACCACUCCGUCAUUGUGAACAUCAUACAGUGGGCUGUUCAUAACAAAGUGAACGACGAUUAUGCCCCAUGGUCAGAGCAGCGAUUCCGUCCAGGCGAUGUCGCUACUGCCGUUCUACCUUUCUAUCAUAUCUAUGGCCUGGUCCUCAACUUGCAUGCAUUGUUACACGCAGGGAUGUCUGUCGUAGUGACGGCAAGAUUCAACAUCGACUCUAUGAUGAAAUCCAUUGCAAAGUACCGCAUUACGCACCUAUACCUCGUACCUCCAAUGGUCGUCCAAUUUUGCAAGUAUCCUGGAAUCAACGAGUCUCCCAUUCGGAAACAGAUUCGCCUGGUAUUCUGCGGCGCUGCACCCCUCACUCACGAGCUCAAUGCUCAGAUGUUCGAACUUUUCCCAAAUGCCCAAAUAGGCCAAGGGUAUGGUAUGACCGAAAGCGGUCCUCUGACGAUGGCCUUCCCGAUCUCGCAGAAACGUGGAGUACCUGGAAGUAGCGGGCAUCUUCUUCCCGGAACUGUGGCUCGCGUAGUCAAAUUUGAUGGCACUCUCGCCGGGUACGACGAACCUGGAGAGCUCUGGAUCAAGACCCCAGCGAUUACGUUGGGAUACGCCAACAAUGAGGAAGCCACGAGGGAGACUUUCAUUGACGGAUGGGUACGAACAGGAGACGAAGUCGUAAUCGACAAGGCAGGCGAGGAAAUCAUGAAAGUCAGAGGUUUCCAAGUGGCUCCUGCCGAACUCGAAGGCUGCCUGCUGGAGCACCCAGAUGUCUCUAAUGCCUGCGUUGUCGGCAUUCCAGAUGAUUACAGCGGAGAAGUCCCUCUGGCGUUUGUCGCACUGUCUCCGAGCGCAGCGACGAGGGCGAAAGACCCCAUGGAAGCGGAGAGGAUCAAGGCGUCUAUCACCAAGCACGUAGCAGAUCAGAAGGUCCACUACAAGCGACUCGCAGGCGGAGUCGAGUUCAUCGCACAAAUCCCUGUAUCUCCCAGCGGCAAGCUGCUCCGUAGAGUCCUGCGAGACCAGGCGAAGACUCUGGCUGCUAAUCGCUCGAAGCCAAACGGACGCACUGCGAAGCUUUAG